UCAGUCACGGACCAAUCAUCGCCCUUAGAAAUAGCACACGCGUUUGUAGGUUGAGAAUCGGUCGCUCUUAAUGUUUUGUGUUUGUAAAGUACAGGCUAACAAAUGAGGUUCUUGAAGUCUCAGAUUUUUAACAUUCUCAGAAGACAGUGCUUUAGACAAGAAAUUCUUAUUUCAUCAAGACAGGGAACUGGUACAAUAGUCCAGACUCCUCAACUCUUGCUACUUCCACCUUUAAGACACCGCUGUUUAAGCACAGCUCAAUGGAUAAGAAGGGAAUCUUCCCAGUCUUGCAAGGUGAAUACCGAAAAAGUGGAUCUAGAUGUAUGGAAAUCUUUGAUGAAGAAUGAGGAAUGCAAAAGCACAAGUCCAGUACCCACUGCAGAUGCUGAAGAGGAUGCUCCCUUGGAUGCCACCCAAGAGCUUGUGCAGAUGUGGAGAGAAUCGGGGAGGUUGGUGCCAGAGAAUAUGACUAAGGAGGAGUUGCAAAUAUUUGCAGAACUUUCAACAAAGUCAGCUAAAAAAAAGUACCUUAAAUAUUUGGCUAUCAAAGAAAACAAUAAAAAGGCACGAAAAGAAAAGAAAAAAAUAAAGCAAGAGCAGGUCAAAUUGGAGGUGAUUGAGAAGGAACCAAUGGAGCACCCUAAGAAUACAUUUCUAUUACAAUUUUGGCAGCGUUCUAUGGAUUCACUUUAUAACUGGAGGGCAGCCCAGGCCUUGCUGUUUGGGCAGCCUCUUGUAUUUGAUAUGAGCUACGAGCAUUAUAUGUCUCGCCAAGAACUGGAAAACACAGUUUUUCAACUUCAAGAAUGUGAAGGGUGGAACCGUAAGUCAAAUGAUCCUUUUCACCUUUAUUUUUGUAAUCUGAAACUGGAAGGAACAUAUCAUAAAGAGUUAAAGAAGAGAUACAGGGAGGCGUGGGACAGGCUUCUGAUUACUGCCACAGAAAAGACACAUGUUGAAUUAUUUUCUAGGGACAAACUAGUCUACUUAACAGCAGAUUCUCCAAAUGUACUAAGAACUUUUGACCAUGACAAAAUUUACAUAGUGGGAUCUAUGGUGGACAAAUCCAUUCAAAGAGGACUUUCUUUAGCAAAUGCAAAAAGGCUGAAGCUCGCCACAGCCCGGCUACCUUUAGAUGAGCACUUACACUGGGAGUCUGGGGCUAAAAACCUCACUUUAGAUCAGGUGAUGCGUAUUUUGCUUACAAUAAAGGACUCAAACAACUGGGAGGAUGCUUUAAAUUUUGUUCCUAAGCGAAAGCAUGAUGGUUUUAUUAAGUCAAAAACUCAGCAUGAAAAAGAACCCAUUUUCAAAUCACAGCCAAUUGGAAGGAACCAAAAACCAACUGCCAUUCAAAAACCAACCUUUAUAAAAAAAAGGCUUGAGCAAACAACUGUUAACCCAAAAGAGAGGAUGAAGUGGUGGGAAGAGUAAGACUGAACACAAUAAACAUACAAAAUCAAUGCAAGUCCUUGCCUCUUGUGUAUUAAUAACAAAGUAAACAUAAUAUACAAAGAUUGUUAUAGACAAUUUUUAUGUUUCUGUAAUAAAAUAUUAAGUAUUUGUAUGUGGAAUAGUUUGGAACAAUGCAUAGAGAUGUUUUGUAUUUUUCCCAGUUGUUUAUGCACUGUACAUAUCUUUCACCAUGUUUGUUCCUAAAAUUUCUAUAGUAAAUCACAUGAAAGUAAUAUUUAAAAGAUGAUGUAGUGCAUUAAAUCAUAUUUUCAGUUGUAUAUGCAAUGUUGCCAACAGUAUGAUGGAGCCUCAUGAUAAAUACAUUUAAUUCUGUGAAAAUUCUAAUAGUGUUGAGCUAAUUCCAGUAGUUAUUCAGCUAUAAUAGAAAAAUUAAUAUAUUUCCAUCAAUUCUUUUUGCAUGUACAAGCAAUUUGUAAUAGGGAUGUGAAAGUGUAAACAUUUACUCAUUCAAAAAGUA